AUGCGCCACACCGCCCGCACGCCCGCAACCCGCGAGCACACGGCCACGCGCCCCGCUGCGUCUAGCCGCUCCGGCCGCCGCAGCCGCGCUACUCUUUGCUUGUUGUUCUGCCCCCUGCUGCUGCUUGUCGCCACUAGCCGCCGCCGCUACAACGCUGGCCUCCAGCCGUCACCGAUGCCGCGACCGGCUCCCGCCCGCGCGCCCUUGCCUCGACCCGCGCCGUCCGCACCGGGCCCCGUCGUGCCCGCCUCACCUGAUCGGGCGCCCGCGCUGCUGCUGUGCCGCUGCCACGUCCUAGCCGUGCGCCCCACCUGCGCUGGCCCCGCUCGCUGCCUGGCCUCGCCCGCUGCUCGCCUCGCCGGCGCCUCUGCAUCUUAUGCUGCUCCCCGGCCGCUCGCUAACGCCCGAGCCCCCUGUCUCUAG